ACAGUCGGUUUGCUUCACGGAUGGAUGAGCAACUUGCUCUGUAUCCACAUAUGAAAUUUAAUGAGAUUGAUAUGGUCUUCUUCCCCAUAAAUGCGUUUGAGCAUUUCUACAUUGUAUGCUAUGGGCUAAAGAAUCCAAGUAUGGAGCUGAUUGACAAUAGCAAAAACUGCCCAGACUACAAGGAAAAAUACCAAGGUCGUCCUGAGGGUUUGCACCAGAAUUUUGUGAGAUAUUUGGCAGACAAAAAACAUCACAAGGCGAGUGAAAUAAAUACAUUAAUGCCUGGCAGACUUGAGAUGGAGUGGAGAACGGCUGAAAACAAAUUUGAUUGUGGUAUUUUUGUCAUGAGACAUAUGGAGACCUACAUGGGCGGUGGUACAGCGAAUUGGAACUCUGGUUUUCAUAGAGAGGGU